GCCUUCUCAAGCCGUUCAACCAUUUAGACUACAAGAAAGCGGCGUUAUUUUGGAACUUUUAAGCUUUUUUUCUCGUUUAAAUGCUAAAUAGCUCUGACCCAGGGAGAAGUGUCGCCUUCCUUCGCUACUGGCCCAGUGUACAGAUUGUCCAGCACCGAAACUACCGUGAACAACAAGUGUGUUGUGUUUCCGUGUACGUCUCCGUGGCUGCCCAUUGAACUAAAACACGGAACAAGGAAACACCUGAUGCCCUGCAGUUGCGCAUCUUUCACUGACUCUCAUACCACUCGUUUCCCUCUUGACAACAAUACGUCCCAGAGUCCACAAAUACCAACUGAAUGUAUGUGCGUUUUUGUUCAGAUCUCAUCAUAGGACAAUGUCUGAGGGUAAAACGGUCACUUCCAAGGCUGUGGAGCUGGAGCCCCCAGAACUAGGACCAGAGACCCAGUCCUCCUCUCAUCUGGAUCCGACCCAGACCUCCCCUCGGCCCCAGAGUCAACCUGACCCCCAGAGCAACCAGCCGCCCCAGAGUCAACCUGACCCCCAGAGCAACCAGCCGCACCAGAGUCAACCUGACCCCCAGAGCAACCAGCCGCCCCAGAGCAACCAGCCGCACCAGAGCCCCCAGGCCCAGAGCCCCCAGGCCCAGAGUCCCCAGGUCCCGGAGAGUGGUCAUCCCGAGGUAGAGACAGAGGAGAGUGGGUGUGCUGCCCCUACACCUGAUACUGGAGCUGGAGCUAGGGAUGUAGCUGGAGCUAGGGAUGUAGCUGGAGCUAGGGAUGUAGCUGGAGCUAGGGAUGUAGCUGGAGCUAGGGAUGGAGCUGGAGCUAGGGAUGGAGCUGGAGCUAGGGAUGGAGCUGGAGCUAGGGAUGGAGCUGGAGGGGAUGGAGCUGGAGCUAGGGAUGGAGCUGGAGCAAGGGAUGGAGCUGGACCCGGGGCCAAGGGGAACCGUUGGACUUCUGCACUAAAUCAGUUCAAACUCAAGAGGUUCUUUGUUUUGAGGCCUGGGACCCUGGACCAAUCCCUAGAAGACAUCAAGGCUCUGAUCAAUGAGGAGGACGGAGCUGUCCACGGUGUCUGGCUCAUGGCUGAGGUUGACCAUUGGAACAACGAGAAAGAGCGUGUAGUUCUGAUCACAGACAACUCCCUGCUGGUCUGUAAGUACGACUUCAUCAUGCUCAACAUUGAGCAGAUACAGAAAAUCCCUCUCAACUUCAUAGACCGCAUCUCCCAUGGCAACUUCAGCUUCCCCCAGCGGUCUCUCCUCAAGAGAGAAGGGGAGGGUGUGCGUGUGUUCUGGGACCGGCUAAGGGAACCCUCGUUCUCAUCUCGGUGGAACCCGUUCGCUACAGACUACCCAUUCAGCACCUUUACCUACCAUCCUGUCAGGAACAUAGACCACAGGUUCACUGCUCUCUGUGAGAUCCAGAGUUUCCGUGAGCAGCUGUUGGAGUCAGCCCAGAAGGCCCACCUAAAGAUGCCCGUCCCUGGCAAGGCCAACGGGGUCCUGGUGCUGAACCAGCCCCUGCUCAUCGAGACCUACGUGGGUCUCAUGUCCUAUAUCGGUAACCAGAACAAACUGGGGUACUGUCUGGCACGGGGAAACAUUGGGUUUUAAACUAGGAUUUGGCUUUAAGCUUUUCAAUGUACAAUACUACUUCAUUACAUAACCCUAUUUUACAGUCGUGGCCGAGUUACAGAUUUGAAGUAAUAUUGUAUAUAUUUUUGUAUACAUCUGGUUUUAAAAGCUCUAGUGAGACAUUUUUAAAUAUACAUUUAUACUUGAUUUGCUUCUGAACACUUUUUUAAACAUUUAUUUUGUCAGAUUUAUAGAUUUGAAGUAGUAUUGUCUAUUUGUAUUUAAUAGUUCACAGCAUGGAAGCGAGUGUUUUUACCCUCAUUUCAAAUGUGCUUUAGAGGUGAUUUGUUGGUUGGUUUUCUUGGCUUGUUCAACUAAAGUCUAAAAUGGAAACGUAUGUAGUUCUCUAUCAUUAGGAUUACCUACAGGACUAAGGGAUAGUCUACUGUCAUUUCAUACUCAAAUUACCAAAUUGAAACGUAUGUAGUUCUCUAUCAUUAGGAUUACCUACAGGACUAAGGGAUAGUCUACUGUCAUUUCAUACUCAAAUUACCAAAUUGAAACGUAUGUAGUUCUCUAUCAUUAGGAUUACCUACAGGACUAAGGGAUAGUCUACUGUCAUUUCAUACUCAAAUUACCAAAUUGAAACAUAUGUAGUUCUCUAUCAUUAGGAUUACCUACAGGACUAAGGGAUAGUCUACUGUCAUUUCAUACUCAAAUUACCAAAUUGAAACGUAUGUAGUUCUCUAUCAUUAGGAUUACCUACAGGACUAAGGGAUAGUCUACUGUCAUUUCAUACUCAAAUUACCAAAAUGUUCCUGUCAUCACAGUCAAUAAAGAUUUCACAUUA